CAAAUGUCCCUAGUUCUCGAUUUUGUUCGGACCGACUUGUUUCUUAAAUUACUAUAUUACCCUCAGCCUUUAUGUUAUAUCCUCCGCCAUCACCCGGAUCUCCGGUCUUUUUCAACGUGAGGUUAGGGCUUUAAUCACACCCCAAAAGCCCGGAGCCGCCGCCUUCUUCGCCUCUAUUGACAUCGAUAUUCGCAGUCAGCCGUGAACUCGUAGCUCAUCGUUUCUCCACACUCACAAGGUUUUUACAUAUACUCAGAGGGAGUUGGUUGGAUUGGAUCCCAAAGAUAAAUGUGCUUGGAGUUAUGAGAUUAUACCUUUCAUGCUGUGAUAUUACUUCUAUACAUACUGUUGCAAAGGCAAGAUGCCAUAUAAAUAUCUUUCAAGACUUAGAGGCUCAUUCAGUCAGGGGAUUCACAGAACCAAUAUAACUCUAGAAAGCACCCUUCAGGGCUCAUUUGAAGUUCUUCUCUGCCAUGGGAAAACUUUAUUUGGUAACCCAAGAUUCUACUCUGUACCAUUUCUAGAACCUGGUGACCUAAAUACCCUUCUUCAACACUAUACUGCAUGUGCAUCUCAAUUGAACUUACAAUCAACAAGCAAAAAGAACAACCUUUCUGUUCUUGGAGCUCUUUCAAGAACAUUCUCAACCCCAUCUGUAUCCGGACCUUCAUUUCAAGUUUGUGGCUAUCACGCUGAUAAUCUGCUAUCCAAUCCUAAUCAUUUCCAAUCUGUUAUCACCAAUCAUAACAUUCCCAUGGCUCUUUCAAGUUCAAGAUCUUUACUAGGGUGUGGAUCAUUAAACAACUUAGCUUCCUCACAUAGACACCUCAUCGAUAAUUCCAAUCUUUCUUUUCCUACCCGAGGUUUCCAUAGUUGUCACAAAAUCACCAUGAAUUCAAGAAACAAUAAAGAAUCAGAAAGCUUCUCUCUUUAUGGAUACUUCAUCUACCAUGUCGCCAAAACAAAUGGCAUCUCCAAUCCGUUUCUUGGUAUCGACUGGAAAAGCUUCCACAUCUCAUCUCCAACUUUUCUAAAUUCCGGAACUGCCUCUGAUGUGUUCUCAGACAACAACUCUCUGUGUGAUGAUCGGGUUACAUCUUCUUCCAAUACUGAUAGAAAGGUGUUAUCGGAUAGAUCAUUGAAGCUAGUUUCUGGAUCAUGUUAUCUACCCCACCCUGAGAAGGAGGAGACAGGUGGCGAAGAUGCACAUUUCAUAUGUUCUGAUGAACAAGCAAUAGGGGUAGCAGAUGGGGUAGGUGGGUGGGCUGACCUUGGUAUUGAUGCUGGGAAAUAUGCACGUGAACUUAUGUCAAAUUCAGUAAAUGCAAUACAAGAUGAACCUAAAGGGUCUGUUGAUCCUGCUAGGGUUUUGGAAAAAGCUUACACCAAAACUAAAGCUAAAGGAUCCUCAACUGCUUGCAUUAUCGCCCUCACAAAUCAGGGUCUUGAUGCUAUUAACUUGGGAGAUAGUGGGUUUAUGGUGGUGAGAGAUGGAUGUACUGUUUUUCGAUCACCAGCACAACAACAUGAUUUUAAUUUCACGUAUCAGUUGGAGAAUGGAAGUAAUAGUGAUUUGCCGAGCUCUGGUCAGGCAUUUUUGAUUCCUGUUGCUCCAGGGGAUGUGAUAAUAGCAGGAACAGAUGGGCUGUUUGACAACUUGUAUAAUAAUGACAUCACUGCCAUUGUGGUGCACGCGGUUCGAGCAGGGUUGGACCCACAUGCGACGGCUCAGAAAAUAGCGGCUUUGGCACGGCAAAGAGCAAUGGAAAGAGACAGACAGACACCUUUCUCUGCUGCUGCUCAAGAAGCUGGGUAUCGUUAUUAUGGUGGAAAGCUUGAUGACAUCACUGUUGUUGUCUCCUUCAUCACCUCCUCUUCCAAAACUGAUGAGUCAUCAAGUUAAUGGAUUGAGUCAGGUGGGUGUGUUACAUCUUACAUGGAGUGGUGGAUAGUAAUAGAUGUAAAUAAAAAGAGUGAUUAGUUUAUAUGUUCUUGAACAAGGGACAAGCAAAAUGGGAAUCGUUGUUCAUUUACAUCUUAUAGCUUCUUCUAGGUUUUCGAAUAAACUGGACACUGACCUUUUUUGGGUGAUUCAUUUCUAUUCAGA